AUGGCCAUUCUAAGAUGGUGCAAAACCUCUCCUAGGAAGAGAUCCUACAAUGACUCUAGCACUUCUUCCGUAGCUAACAACAAAUCACUCCCUAUGAAGCGCAAAUGCCACAGAAGAUUUGGAAGUCGAGUCAUCAGAAAUGUUUGGGUUAAAGCCCAUUCUAAGCGGGCUGCUCGACAACGCGCGCGCGCCAGUUCACGCAGCCCUAUUCAAAGUAUUGGCAGCACAGGUUCCGAAUCUACCAAAAUAUCUCAAAGAAAAGAAGCCCCCGUACGUCUUGCUAAAAUGGAAAGCGCUGUCCGGACUUUGUUAGAGUGCAUAGGUGAGGAUACCAAGCGCGAGGGCUUGAGGGAUACACCUUCGCGGUAUGCCAAAGCUCUACUGUUUUUGACCAAGGGCUAUCGGUCAAAUGUGAAUGAGAUUGUCAAUGGCGCACUCUUCCAUGGAGGCCAUGACCAGAUGAUUAUCGUCAAAAACAUUGAAAUCUCCAGUCUUUGCGAACACCACCUCGUUCCCUUUAUUGGAAAGAUGCAUGUUGGAUAUAUCCCCUCCAAAAUGGUCAUCGGUUUAUCCAAAAUCGCACGAAUCGCUGAAAUAUUUUCUCGUCGCUUGCAGAUUCAAGAGCGCCUUACCGAAGAAGUUGCUCAAGCCGUUAUGGAGAUUUUAAAACCUCAGGGUGUCGCGGUGGUUAUGGAAUCCAGCCACAUGUGUAUGGUCAUCCGAGGCGUUGAGAAGACAAGCAGCACAACCUUGACUCGCUGCAUGAGGGGCUGCUUUCAGCGUGAGGCUAAGUUAAGCGAAGAAGCUGUCACCGUCAUCAUGCCCAUCACAGAGCAAAUUGGUGUUGAGCGCUUGCAGGACGGUAGAUUCGUGUCCAAGUUCACACCUGUUCGGUUUGGAAAUAUACGGGCAACAUAUGGAGGCAAUACAAUUGGGGUUGCUUUCAACGCCGCAAGCCAGACUGUCCCUCCUGGCUUCUCAGCGUAUUCCAUCCUCGGCCACUUCCUUGGUCCAGCACUCAAAGAGCACAAGCUAUACUGCAUAGUCCAUGAUACAAGGACGACAAGGACAUUCGCCACUCGCCGUGUAGAGGUGAGCCAGGAGCAGGCCGACGGUACAUUUCGAACUUGCUUGGAACUCAUCGCCGAUUUUCACGUUUCUGAGCCAUCCAUGCUAGAGUUCUCUGCCAGGCCUUCUAUGGCAUGGCCCAAGUCACGGGAUUGCCCAGACCGUCAUGAGUAUGCACAAGGAAUGCUGGAUAGAGGAGAGGUCAAUGAAGCGCAGUUGGAAGAGUUCAGGAAGUCCUUCGAUGAAGACAGAGACUACUUUGAGACGCGACUUUGUACCGGAGGCAUGGCAGCUCAAAACCUCACCGGCAUCGCUGGAGGGCUACCAACCACCCAGGACACCAUUCCUGUUACCUCCAGGGUCUCGGCUGAGUGGCUACGAGCACGUGGAACAUUCGCCACGCAGGCCGAGAAUAUAGCAGCCUUGGCGUUCAUUAUGGACGGGACUCUGGCUUUCCUAGCACUGACACAUAGUCAUCUUUGGGUAGAUGCUGCGGGUCCAUGCGGAUCUCUUGACUUUGCGCUGAGAAUCUUCGCGCCGCAGGUGAAUAUGGGCGACUGGAACCUGAGAGAGCGAGUUGUUCAUCACAGUGGGAGUGGACGAACAUAUGCAGAGGGAAGAUUGUUUGACGAGCAGGGCAAUCUGCUAGCAUCCAUGACGCAGCAGUGUUUUAUGAGAGUACCUCGAAGUGAAAAGCCGGGUUCAAAGAUCUAG